AAUGAAAUACAACAGAGGAGGAGGACGGACCUUGCCACCCACCCCCUGGGCAAACUCUUAAGAGUAGAGUAUAAAAAAUGUAAAAAUAUAGUAUACAUUACAAGAAUAUAAGUAAAUAAAUAAAUACAGAUAUUGCACACCUUAUUGCAUAAAGAUCCUACAGCCUGGGAGCAAACGUAGGAUAUUCCUUGAGUAUAGCCCUGAGAGUAGCGGAGUCUAAAAAAUGGUCAAUGAAGUAUACAAGUCAUGCUGACCUUGCAGCCUAAAUUUAGCAAUGUAUUAUCAUUAUAUAAGAAUUCGGAACUGCUGAAACCUAAAAAUUGCAGGUACACGUUUACCCAUUAUUUUAUUUCAUAGUGGCAAGUUUGGAGAAUAGUGACCCGGUUUGCGUACUUAUUUCCUCUAAGAAGGAUACAGAUAACUUUCCAAGAAAUGCUAUCAGGUAGUCCUCUUUACAAAAAUGAUAACUUUGAAUCAAACAGAGAAUAAUGGAAACGAAAUUAAAAUAUGCUACUAUACUAAUGACUGGACAUUACUGUUAUACUAGUAAUCUGGGACAUUUACUGUUAUGGCAUCCAACAUAUAUUAAAAUCAAUAAAAAAAUAAAUAGAAAAUAAAAAGUGUGAAAAAAAUAAAGAAAAUAAAGGUAAUCAGUAAAGAAACACGCAGGUAUAGAAGUGCUGUUACAAAGAAGGACUCUCGCAAAGUCACACAACAACGUUCAGUCAAAACAUCAACACAUCACAAGCACGAUGAACUUUACCGCACAACCCGAGAAAAGCACCUCAGCCACGGAGCAGGUCCCUGUGUUGAAGCUUGUCAACCGCACCUGGAAGACUCUCCCAGACAAAGGGGAUGAUGUGUUCAUACGAGAUCCAAAGCUGAAGGAGGGACAAAUAGGUGACCUGAGUAAGAAGAGUAUUGCACAACUUGAAGAAAUCAUUGAGCGACAGGAUCGCAUUCUGAAUAACAAAUUCUUAUCAUCAAAGCUGAAAGACAAAGGAGAAAAAUUGAAGGAACAUCGAGAAAUUGUUGUUGAAGCUCUGAAGAAGGCACGUGAACAAAGUAAAAGUGAAUUUAGAAAAGAUAUUCCAGCAGAUAUUAAUGCACUGGAAUGGAAGAGUAGAAGAAAGAAUGAGAACAACCAAGAAGAGUUAGACAGUGAUGAUGAUGAAGAUGAACGCGAGGACAAGCUAGAUCCGCUGAAACUCAUGGCCUACCACUCCUCAUGCGUCAAGAAGCCUGCACACACACAGAAUGGGACAGUAGAGGAAAAUGAAGACCCAACAAAUGCCAUUGCCCAAGAGUUGAGACGGCUGGAGCUCCAGGAUGCUGAGCAGGAGUCUCAGUCAUAUGACUUUGGGGACAAAAGGAAUCAAAUAUUAGAAGAAAUGAGGAAACGAAAUGGUCCUUUGAAAGACUCCUUCAAGCCCUUCAGGCCCAUCAGCAACCCUCAGCCCAUCCCUGGCCUGGUGCAUCACACAGCUCGCCCAAGCAGUGGCACCACAAAGAGCAUCCCCCAGCACGAGGCAUUGAAACUAGAGCGAGAAUUCCUUGUCAAAGAAAAGGAAAGAGCUCUAUCAAAUGCCAGAGAACAACUUGGAAAGAUAAAAACAGAAAAAAUUGGGCUCCCACCUCCAUCAUCAUCUCUCAAAUAUCGUGACACAAACGUGAACAAACAUCUUCUGGAUUCAGAUGAUGAAAGUGACAAUUCAGAUGACUUCUAUGCUAGUGAAUUGUGAAACUAGUGGCAAUUAAAUACUUCUGUUUUAAUUAAAGAUAUUUGUAUCUGCCCUAAGAAAAUGUAAAUUAAACUUUGUUGCAUCAAAUUCAUGGCAUCUUGCACUGUCUUACUUUUUCAUUUCAUGUUAAUUCAAUUUACUUUCAAAUAAUAUAUAUGCAAUAUCUUCAUGCUAUAUUAUCUAAUCAUUUCAUUGCUAUUGUUGAUAAUCUAUUCAUUAUAGUACUAGACUCCCAUGAUAAUUUUGCUUAAUUUCUUUCUACAUCUGAUAUUCUACCUUCAUCUUCACCUAGCUCCUUAAUUAUAAACUUUUCCUUUUUCUGAGUAAUGUCACUAAAUAUUGAAAAAUUUGGUUCAUGUUUAAUUACACUUGGGCAAAUUAGGUAAAUCUUGAAAUGUGACAGAUAUAUGUUCUAUUUAUAUUUUCCUAAAAACUGAAAUAUAGUUAAAGUUUUACUAUUUUUGUAUUUUAUAAAGAGUGGCAUAAAAACUCCCUCCAAAUACAUCUAUGAGAUUUGGUAA